AUGGCCGACAACCAAACAGGAGGAGAGGGAGCUGGUAAACGCCGUAAGAACCGCGAUAUGGGACGAAAUGAGUGGAGUCGCCAAUCCAUAGAUAAAAGAGAGCGCCUGGAGCGACAGGCAGAGGCAAAGCGACGCAAGAUUGAGAAUGGCGAAGCACCAGAGGCUCCGAUUUAUGCCACUCAAUUUUCCAAAGAAGAAAUCGCCAACGAGGAACGUCGUCCCAAAAAGAAGGUCGCGCUGAUGCUGGGAUAUUCGGGAACUGGCUACUAUGGAAUGCAGCUCAAUGAGAACCAAAAGACAAUUGAGGGAGACCUAUUUUCGGCACUGGUUGCAUCAGGAGCCGUAUCCAAGGCAAAUGCCUCCGAUCCCAAGAAGUCCUCUUUUGUGCGCUGUGCGCGUACAGACAAGGGUGUUCACGCUGCGGGAAAUGUGGUGUCACUGAAGAUGAUUGUGGAGGAUCCCGAUAUUGUUAAGAAAAUCAACGACAAUCUUAGUCCUCAGAUUCGUCUAUGGGGCUAUGAGACUACGACUGGAGGCUUCAGCUGUUAUCAACUAUGCGAUUCGCGGGUUUACGAGUACUUGCUCCCGAGUCAUGCUCUCCUCCCCCCGCACUAUAGCACCUGGCUAGGCAAAAAGAUCGUUGAGUUGGCGGACAAAGCGGGUGACCUGGAUGAUGUGAAGGCUAGGCAAGAGGAAGUGGCAGGCUAUUGGGAAAAGGUUGAUGAAGAACAGAUCCGGCCCAUCCUGGCGAAGGUACCAGAGGACGUGCGCAAUAUUGUCCAAAAGGCUAUCUUUACAAAUGACGAACAAGAUUCUUCGGCAGCUCCAGAUGAAGUCUCAUCUGGUAUGGAUGUUCAGGCCAAGCCCGAUGAGUCGUCUACCCAACCACCUGCUAACCUGGAGAGCAGUGCAGAGCCAUCUGCGGAAACAGGCGAAGCUAAGCCCUUCGUCAUGGACCCUCGCCAGCAAAUGAUUCACGAUACCAUCAAAUCUGUUAAAGCCGCCUACCUUGCAGCUAAGCGAGCUUAUCGUGUCUCCCCAGCUCGUGUGGCUCGUCUACAAGAAGCCUUGAACCAAUACCAGGGCACCAAGCGAUUCCACAAUUACACCAUCCAAAAGAGUUACAAGGAUCAGUCUGCCCAACGUAUCAUCAAAUCCUUCAAGGUUAACCCAGAACCGAUCCUCAUCAAUGGCACUGAGUGGCUUAGCUUGAAAGUUCAUGGCCAGAGCUUCAUGAUGCAUCAAAUUCGCAAAAUGGUUGCCAUGGCUGCUCUCAUCGUCCGUUCCGGGUGCAUACCCAGCCGGAUUUCUGAAACAUACGGUCCUGAGCGGAUUGCCAUCCCCAAAGCCCCGGGUCUAGGACUGUUACUGGAACGUCCUAUCUUCGAUAGCUAUAACACCAAGGCCACUUCCCUUGGUCGUGAACCGGUUGGCUUCACAAAGUUCACCACUGAAAUGGAAGAAUUUAAGCAGCGAGAGAUCUAUGACCGGAUCUUCCGUGAAGAACAACAAAGCUCUGCAUUCAACAUUUUCUUCAAUCACAUCGAUCAUUACCCCGCCGAUUAUUAUCUCUACGUCACAUCAGGCGGCAUUGAGGCUUCUAAACUGGUCCCUGCCCCUCAAUCGACACAAGGCGCUUCCAGGUCGUCCGUUAAAAAACAAGUUGACAAGUCUGAGCAUGAUAUUCUUGCCGCUGUCGAGUCAGAAUCAGAAGACGAAAGCAAUCUGGCAGAGGACCGUUAA